AUGUCAGAAUCCACUACGGGCACUGGUGUCGUCUACCAGGACCUGCACCCCAUCAAUCAUCCAGCAGCCCAACCAAAUACGUUUGAUGCAUCUACGACGACAAGCACCGCGACGGAAGCCGCCCAGAAUCUGACCGAAGAACCCACGGCCAGUCAUGCUCUUGCCCAAGCCGAUAUUGACGUGAAGGGAGUCGCGCAGCUCGCCCACAAUGCCGAAGUCAAGGACCUGGGCUGGAAUGAGCCUCCUGAGAAGAUUCCCGCUCCUCUCGUCGGUGGCAUGGACAACGAGGAGCUCUGGGUCUUGGUCCGUCGCUUCAACAAGCAAAUGUACCACGUCAAGGAGUAUCCUUAUCCCGUGCCUGGCAACCUCGACCUGAACAUCGCCGACGAAGACGAAUUCUCGCCCGAUAAGCUACGCGCCACCAUUGAACGCCUGUACAUGACGGUCGGCCUGGGUCUGAUGGGCUUUAUCAAGCAGGUCGGCCGUCUGAGAUCAUGGCGCGAACGAAACCGUACUGCUUACUUCUGCGCCGCAUACUUUGUCGCCUGGCUGCUCGACAUGCUCGUCCCGUUGUUCACAAUCACCCUCGUCGUUCUGAUAGUUUACCCGCCUUCACGCGACGCCAUGUUUCCUCCCGCUCCUCUCGCUCUCGUCGACGCCAAGACCGGAGGCGUGCAAAAGCCAAAGGCAGGUGUGUUAGGCAGUACGGACACGGCCACAGGAGCUCCAGAACAGCACAAGGGCGAGGCCGCCGAAGCAGAGGCCAGCAACUUUGUCAACAGUAUCGCUUCGGUCGCCCUCGCGAGCGCCAGCGGUAAACACCCACAAACCGAGCCUCCACCAGGACAGGGGGGCGUUGCCGAUAGCGUCCCUGAUCCUACUGCUAUCGCCAUCGGCGCCAGUUCUGCAAAAACCUCGGCUGAAGGCAAGGUGGCUGCUCAUACACAUGACAAGACAAAGGUGCCCAUGGAGACUGCCAUGUGGAGCAAGAUGAGGCCCAUCAUGCAUGGGCUCGCCGACGUGGCCGACACCUGGGAGCGCUUUGCCAAUGCCCUGUCUCCCACCCCACCUUUCCCCCACGACCUCUACCGCCUGCGUCUGGCUGCUGUCGUUGUCCCGUUGAUUGGAGUCUCUCUGUUGACUUCAGCCUACAUGUUCACCAAGGGUGUCACUUUCGGCAUCGGCUUCGGAUUCUUUGGCGACCCCGUGAUUCAACCUGGUUUGCGAUGGCUCAACCGUACCUUUCCUCACUGGCAAAAGCUGCUUGAGAUCCGCAAUACUCUGCUCAAGGGUGUCCCUACCAAUGCUCAACUCACCAUCACUCUUCUUCGAAUCGGCGAGGCGAACAAGGCUCCUCUUCCACCUCCACCACACAGCAAGGAGCCGCCACCGGAUGUUCCUGCAGAGAUAACUGACGUGCACUUGCGUGCUACUGGUGCCGACUGGCCGUUGAACGCGACACAAGAAGAACUAGACGCUGCCAUGGCCCACGACCCCACAACUGCUCAUGAAACCGCUGGUGCUGAUAUUGACCACAGCAAGGACAGUAAACAUGGCAAGAAGGGACACAAGCUCGUAUCUUUCUUCAAAAGUACUGUCAAGGGCACCGUCGAGACUGCUCUGGGCGCCGACAAGCUCAAGGCCAAGGCAGGAAGCGAGCCGUCCAAGCAACGCCUCGGUGCCAUUCCCAAGACAAAGGACUACAACGUUGACGGCCCAGUUGACUUUGCUUGCCGCUUCCACGGCAAGAGGGGUCACACCAUCAUCUCCACCAGGACGGCCAUUCCCUGCGUGUCUUUCACAUUGGACAAGAAGGUUGCCGAAUUAGGUUCGCUUGGCCGCGAGGAGGAGCUACAUCCAGUCUGGACUGUUCCCAUUGCUGACAUCAAAGAGAUGAAGAAGGUCGGUGGACUUGGAUGGAAGGCGAAGUUGGUUGUAGGCUGGGCACUUGACCGCGAGGUUGCUGAUGGUAUGGAGAUUGUGAGCAAGACUGGCGAGGUCUUCACCAUUACUGCAAUGGCUCUUAGAGAUGAGUUGUUCAACCGACUCGUUGCCAUGGGCGGUCAGAAGUGGGAAGCCUGGUAG